GCAACAAUCAAGGGAGUCUCGAGCUUCAGUGCUGAGCAAGAGGCACAGGCACUAAGGAAGGCCAUGAAGGGGCUUGGCACAGAUGAAGAUGCCAUCAUUGAGACCUUGACCAAGCUGAACGCUUCCCAACGCCAGCACGUUCUGAUCACCUAUAAAAGCACCAUUGGCAGGGAUUUGAUUGACGACUUGAAGUCUGAGCUGAGUGGGAAUUUUGAAAAGGUGAUUGUUGGUUUGAUGACUCCAACCGCCAUGUACGAUGUGCACGAGCUGAGGAGGGCUCUAAAGGGAGCAGGGACAGAUGAAGGCUGCCUGAUUGAAAUCCUGGCUUCUCGCACGAACGAUGAGAUCCGGCGCAUUAACGAGAACUACAAAAUCCGUACGUAGAGCCCUCUGCAGUGUCACACGGCCUGAAACGCCUCCUGUCUUUUCAUCCUUGUCUCUCCGCAGGGAAACAGAGAUGAGGGAACAUUUGUGGAUGAGACCCUUGCUCAGCAAGAUGCUCAGUGCCUGUAUGAAGCUGGGGAGAAGAAAUGGGGAACAGAUGAGGUGCAGUUCAUGUCCAUCCUCUGCACACGGAACAGGUGCCACCUGCUGAGAGUUUUUGAUGUGUACAGAGGGAUUGCUAAUAAGGACAUCACAGAGAGCAUCAAAUCCGAGAUGUCAGGAGACCUCGAGGACGCUUUGUUAGCUGUGGUGAAGUGCAUGCGGAAUAAACCUGCGUAUUUUGCUGAAAGAUUGUACAAAUCCAUGAAGGGCUUGGGCACAGAUGACAGCACGCUGAUCCGGGUGAUGGUGUCCCGCUCGGAAAUAGAUAUGCUGUACAUCCGGAGGGAAUUCCUGUCCAUGUAUGGCAAAUCACUCCACUCCUUCAUUAAGGGAGAUUGCUCAGGAGACUACAGGAAAGUUCUGCUCAGACUCUGUGGUGGGGAGGAUUAAAGGAGGCCUGGGGGACUGUCUGGGUGAGGGGAAGCAGCUGAUCAUAGAAUUGUUUAGGUUGGAAAAGAUCUUUAAGAUCAGCCAGCCCAAUAAUUAUUUCUUUCAUGUAUUUUUUUUCCCAAAUACCUUGUUAAUUGCUCUGAUUUUUGCCUUAGGUUAGUUCAUGCUCUGGUUGGUAAUGGCCAUUCUGGUUGACCAUGGCCAAUCUGCUUUUAUGCUUGGCACACCCAUUUGCCUACUAAUUGGGCUGGUAAAGCCCAGCUUAACCAGAAUGCUGUAACCAAAGAUAGGAAAGCUAAAUUGUUUCCUCACCAGAUGCCCCUUUGCUGUUGUGUUCACCAGCAAAACACGUCAACUGAAGCAAACCUGGAUGCAGAGUGUGAGAGGCUGCCCAGGGGAAAACUAACCCAUCAGUACAUGGAGAGUGCAGAACACAGCCUUGCUUCAGUUUAUUGAGAUAAUUAAGACACAAAGAAUCAGAAUAUCUAAAAUGCAAGCACGUUUAAGUCUUAACUUGCCCUCUGUUAGUGUGGAGCAUUAACAGCCUGGCUGCACUGUAUGUGUGUGUUGCCCAGAGGUCUGUUCGUGGGGAAGAUGUCACUGGUGACAUCAGAAAAGCCUCCUGCUGCCCUGGUCAGAGCAGCCCCGUGUGCUUGGUCUGUCUUCUUCACUCAUGGGAGUAUAAAUAAUAAUGGUUAUGUUACAAAGCCUCCUCUGGAUAAAGUGAUGUCACUGGAAUGGUGCCUUUUAGGGAGUGACCUGUCCCUCAUCGGCCUGGUGCUGGGGCAGCUCCCCAGAUCUCCCGGGGGCAACUGUCCAAAUCUCCCAGGGUCAGCUCCCCAGAUGUCCCUGGGACACCUCCCCAGUCUCCCCCACGUGCUGGCUCCAGCCCCACAUCACAGGAUCAUCAGGGUGUUUGUGCCUGGGUCUCACCUGGGCUUCCACACCAACCUCUGGGAGAGACAUUUUCCCCAGCCCCUCCACACCUGCCUGUUCACCUGAGCGCUGUUUUCACUACAAAAACAGGGUUCUUGUUUGGCUUAGCCACUUAUUUUUUACUGCUGGGGAAUAAUCCUGUUCUGAAGGAUCAGACUGAUGUUGGAAUGUCCAGCUGAAACACUGAGGUGGCUGCACCCAGUUCCAUCACUCAUUUUCCUCUGAAAAAGAGGCUGGAAUAGGAGAUGCCUCUGUGGCCUUCAAUAAAAUAGUUUUCUUUCUCA